ACGACUCUCGAGCUGUUGCUCGUACAUCAUGUUUGAUGUCGUGUCCUCCUUGCAUGUCUGUCCUGCCUUUUCCCGCGCCGCCGUGAGAAGGUACGCGUCCAUACAUGGAAAGAUCCAACACGGCUUUACAUGACAUACGUCUGCUCCGCCUCGUCUUUGGGAUGUCUUGCUCUUUUCUUAGAUCAGAGGAUGCCGCCAUGUGCUUGUUGUACAGAAACCAGAUCAUCCCCUCUUUUCGGCCAUGCGAUGAUGGUCGCACCUUCCUCAACUCGUCUGCUCUCAUGUCUCUACCGCGCAGAAUCUCAGGCGUUUCAACACCGCCCAAGACAUUGACACUUGCCAGUCUCAACGCUGCUUGUUACAAAAUCAUCCAUCCAUGUCUGCCCGCAUACCUUUGUAGAAAUCAUCAUGCUCCGCUAUCGUCAAUCAAGAGUUCCUCUUGCUAUGGCUGAUGUCAAUCAAAUCCAACAGCAUCCGAGGCCCAAAGAGACUUCCUGUCCUCCUGUUACACAGACUGACUGCGCUUAUGACCAUCGAGCAAAGAACCAACAUCAGAACAAUCGACGCCGUCCGCCACAACCUGGCUUCCAGCUCCGUCAAGGACCUGGAAGAUCCAGAGAUGGCAGCAUUGUUCGGCUGGAUCCGAAUCGUCAUGUUGCGCACUUCGCCGUACACGAGCCAGCUGAUCCUUUUGAAGGUACCGACACAUCGGAGGAUGCUCUUGCGAGCUCUGGGUCCAUCGCUCGGCUUGUCCACAUAGCAGAGGUCAGUCCUACCAUCACACAAGUUCCUGGUUACGAUCCGCCUCCUCUUCUGCACGUCUCUCCUGAGAGGCCGCCCAGACCGGACGGACAUCCACCUGUGGCAAUUGAUCAUUUCUAUCAACGACCUGCGGCUUCUACGGCUCUACCCAGGCAGCAUCAUGACGAGUCUUCCAACGAAAGUGACAGCAACCCUCGUUCUGGCGACCCGUACCCGCCACAUCGCCAUAUUGCUACGCACAUCGAUCAAGCACGCAAUGACACAGCCAUCACGACUCCUUCUCAACGAGGUCAGAACCCAACCGCCGUCUCGUUCGCGCCUCGCGUACAUUAUGGCGGUGCCCUCCGGGAAGGUUCUCACCAUCGAUCCAACAUCGCCUCUGUCUAUCUUCGGGAGGGGCAUUUCAGGAUUAGACCAUCCUCACCACGUAACUCUGACACUGGCCGUGCUGAGAUAAAUCAUCAGACAAGAUCCAGGCCCAUGCCGCGACCCAGGGGCAUUUCAAUGCGUGGACGACCAUCAGUCAGGGGCACUCGCCGACCUGGCGGACACAUCAGAACACCAGAUUUGGCCUCGGCUGAUAUUGUGAGGGACCGCUACCCCAUCUUCCCAGCUCAAUCUGAUGAAUCGAGACGACAAAACCCCUUCCCGCCGCGAUCUGGCAGUAUACCUCAAAGAAGAGGUAUCCGCUCUCCUCCUUCGGAACUCAGGACCAGUCAAUUCCUCUAUUCUCAGCCGAGGUUUUCGUCAACCGCGCGAUCGAAGCCUUCUGUGCGUCCCAGAGCCUCGAGUAACAGUCUUUCAACUCAGACUCUGUUGGGCGCUUUGGAACAGCCAUUGGUGCAUGGCCUCAUCGAUAUCGAAGAACCCGACGACUGUCUAGCUCCCUUUCACGGCAGUGUUCGGUCUUCGCGCGUUGAGAGUGGGCUCACGUCUGUGUCAAGAUCCGAACAUGGUGGACAUGUUGGAGAACAUGAUGGAAUGCCUUUUGCACAUCAAUCCCCUUUAGAUCAACUGACUCAAAAGUUUCGGCGCUUAUCCACAGACAUGUCGGCAACAUCGCAAUCAUCAUUCGGGCGUACGUCUCGUGUCACAUCUACAGACGGCAGGCUCUUGAGUGGAAAUUUGUUCUACUCAAGUUCUGAUGAUGAAAGUGAAGACAAAGACUUCAGGUUUUGGGACCGCCCUGAUCGCCGUGGUUCAUCGCACAUUGACGGUUACUACGGCACUGAUGGACAGAACAACGAGCCUUCUCGUCAGCCUCGGCGCCAUAUCGGCAUAGCAGCGCGAAUUGCAGACGUAGAGGCUGAUUGUCAGAGUGGAACGAUCAGACCACCUUCCUUGUCCGCAUCCACACAGUCUAGUAGCUCAAUUCAUGGCAUCAACUCGUCCAUGUUGAGCAGCUCUCCUCCUGGAGAACUACCUAAUCACUAUCCUGCCACACCUGGUCGGCAGUUGACAAGCUGCGCAAGGACGUCUUUCGUGGCCCAAUCUGCUGUCCGAUCUCAAGCUACCCCAAGGGUGAGGGUUUAUAACGAAAGAAAUGCCCCUGGUAUGCAGCCACAGACACCAGCAGACGUUGAUCGCAAGUCGAGGAUGCCUGUAUAUCCGGAGUCUCUGGUCCCUGACUCCCGUCAAUUGAUGCGGCCACAUGCUGGAGCUCCUCCGGAGGAGCAGUCGCCUCUGAUCCCAGCUCGCAAUCCACACAGAAAUACAUACCCUUCUUUACAGCACGCUCACGCUCAGUCGCACGCAACGACCUCGCAACCAUCGAGUCCCUACUCACCCAAUCUCGACCUCAGGACUGCCGCUGCUGUCAGUGCGGUAGAAAGAAGACGAACAGCCCGAGGAUUCCCGAACGAAAACGUGGUUGACCCGAGCACAAACGGCAUGGAAACUGAAAGGGAUACAUUGAUGAGACGUAGAGAGCAAAGUGGUGUCGAUAUCAUCGACUAUACGCCUCCUCGCGAAGGUAGGUACGAACAGUACUUGUCGUGAUGGCCCAUGGAGAGCAGGGUGAGGGGCUCAACGACAUUAGUUUUGGUCACGAUCAUUAAGGUUGAUGAAUUAUGGACAAGAGGUUACUACUAGAGGUGUCAGUAUCGUGUCCUUUGCUGGUCCUUCAGUCAGAGCAUUGCUGUGUAAAAUAGACACGGCCAUUCAUCUGUUUGCAUGCUUUACGACCGCGAAUGCUACUGCCUGAAACUCCAUCGCGCGAUUGAACGAUACAUACUCUACAGUACACAUGCUUUACUCCG